UGUUGGACAGCUCGCGGGGCUGUUGGCACUGGCAGCGCCGGCCGGGGAUGGCGCGCGGGCGCCGGCGGGGGUGCCAGAGUAUACACCCUUUUGGUUUUGUGCUGUGCCUGCUGAUUUUUUUUGCUUUUGGAAAGUGGUGCUGGGCUGGCUUAGAGGUGGUUGGCUGUUGCAGGACCCCAAGUCUUAAGAAUAUAAAUGGAUUCCAUUUCCUCAACAAGUAGCAGAGAGCUGACUGUGCAGAGCACGUCCACAGUUGGUGCUCUAGCAUCGACAGAGAGAGCAGUGCACUGUGCAACUCGCCACGUUCUGCAGCUAGGGGUGGGAAGACAGAACGGGUUGCAGUGCAUCAUGGUAAGGGCUCAACGUCUCAUGAUGCAUUUUUCCAUUCCAUUGUUCCAUGGGCUUCCGAGUGCAUUUUGUGGCAUUUUUCAACGGUCUCUGUUUACUGUGCACCUGCCAUCUCUGUCUGAAAGGAUGGAUCCUGCAUUGUUCUCUGCUGUCACUGUUAUGAACACAUUAUGGCUGGUCAUGCAGUAUAUCAUGAACACCCAAUCUGAACACAAAUGAGAGGUGCCUAACCUGUUAUGAGCCAUGGAAAGAAACACCACCAGAUUACUUUUGGCAUUCACGGAGCAGUUGGAUGUGGAGGACUGCCACUUCUAGGUUCGGGAAACAAGCACUGAGUGGUAGGAUUGCAUGCAGUGGCUGCAGAAUUUCAGAUAUGAAAGCCACCUUCGUGGAAUUGUGUGCAGAGCUCACCUCAACACUGCAGCUCAAGGACACCAAAAUGAGAGCUGCCCUCUCAGUGGAGAAGCUUGUGGCAAUCACUGUGUGUAAGCUGGCUACUCCAGACUGCUACUAGUCGGUUGCAAAUCAGUUUGGAGUAUGGAGAUCCAUCACUGGGGCUGCGUUAAUGCAAGCGUGGAGGACCAUUAAUCACAUACUACUAUGAAGGACUGUGACUCUUGGUAAUGUGCAUGAAAUGGUGGAUGGCUUUGCAGCAAUGGGAAUCCCUAACUGCAGCAAGGCGAUAGAUGGCAUUCAUAUCCUAAUUUUGGCCUUGGACCAUCUUGUGACAGAGUAAAUCAAUAGAAAGGGGUACUUCUCUAUGGUAUUGCAGGCACUUUGUGGCUUUCCGUGGCUGUUUCACUAUCAACACGGGGUGGUCCAGGAAGGUACAUGACGCAUGCAUCUUCAGAAACUCUGGAUUUUACAGAAAGCUGCAAGCAGGGAUUUUCUUUCCAGACCAGAAGAUUCAAAAUGAGGAUGUUGAAAUGACCGUAGUGAUCCCGGGAGACGCAGUGUACCCUUUACUUCCGUGGCUCAUGAAGCCUUAUGUGGGAAACCUGGACAGCAGCAAGAAGCACUUCAACAUUAAUCUGAGCAGAGGUACCAGAAGAUACUUCCGUGAUGAUAGACCCACAAGAGUGAAAAUUAUGAAUGAAAUGCAUUCACAUUCCCCUCCUGACCCUGAUCUCUAAUAGACUUCCUGUAGCCCUUGGAAGAGAGGGUCAGGAGAAAGGAGUUGAAGGUCACCAUGAAGCUAAAGCAGCGAGUGGUGCUGCUGGCCAUCCUCUUUGUCAUCUUCAUUUUCAUGAAAGUUUUCCUCAUUGACAACUUGGACACUUCAGCUGCCAACCGGGAGGACCAGCGGGCCUUUCACCGCAUGAUGGCAAGCUUGCGUGUGGAGCUAGACCCCCGACUUGAUCAUACGCUGCAGUCCCCCUGGGAGAUUGCCGCCCAGUGGGUGGUACCACGGGAAGUGUAUCCCGAGGAGACGCCGGAGCUAGGGGCUGUUAUGCAUGCCAUGGCUACCAAGAAAAUUAUAAAAGCUGAUGUGGGCUACAAAGGGACCCAGCUGAAAGCUUUGCUGAUACUUGAAGGGGGACAGAAAGUGGUCUUCAAACCUAAGAGAUAUGCCAGAGACUAUGUAGUAGAAGGAGAGCCAUAUGCUGGAUAUGACAGACACAAUGCUGAGGUGACAGCCUUUCACUUGGACAGAAUUCUGGGUUUCCGGCGAGCUCCACUGGUUAUUGGCAGAUUUGUGAAUCUGCGUACAGAGAUCAAACCCGUUGCAACAGAGCAGCUGCUGAGUACCUUCCUGAUGCUGGGGAAUAGUACCUGUUUCUAUGGGAAGUGCUACUAUUGUCGAGAAACAGAACCAGCUUGUGCUGAUGGAGAUAUCAUGGAGGGGUCAGUCACGCUAUGGCUCCCGGAUGUCUGGCCUCUUCAGAAGCACCGGCAUCCUUGGGGAAGGACUUACCGUGAAGGCAAAUUGGCCAGGUGGGAGUAUGACGAGAGCUACUGUGAUGCAGUGAAGAAGACCUCACCUUAUGACUCAGGCCCCCGCCUCCUUGAUAUCAUUGACACCGCCAUCUUUGAUUAUUUGAUUGGGAAUGCUGACCGACAUCAUUAUGAAAGCUUCCAGGAUGAUGAAGGAGCCAGUAUGCUCAUCCUCCUGGACAAUGCCAAAAGUUUUGGAAACCCCUCCCUGGAUGAAAGAAGCAUCCUAGCUCCUCUUUAUCAGUGCUGCAUCAUCCGGGUUUCCACCUGGAACAGACUGAACUACCUGAAGAAUGGAGUGCUGAAGUCUGCCUUAAAGACUGCCAUGUCUCAUGACCCCAUCUCACCAGUGCUCUCCGACCCUCACUUGGAUGCCAUGGACCAGCGGCUCCUGAGCAUCCUGGCUACAGUGAAACAGUGCACAGACCAGUUUGGUCCAGACAUUGUGCUGGUGGAAGACAGGAUGACACUCUCCCAUUUGUAACUUUCAUGGAAAACAGAUGAAACUCCUUUUUUAAAAAAAACAAAUGAUAGAAAAACAGCACAAUCGGUUCUGAAUGGCCAUGCCCAGGAUGGACUGGAAAUGAAUGGAAAAGCUUCUGAGCCAGGGAGAAAAGUGGUGGUGGUCUUUAUCUUUGGCUGAUAGCAGCUAGAGAAGGUGGAGAGUUUGGGAGCUCUUGGACAGCCCUGUAGCCACAGAGGCAGCUUCGCCGUCGUGGUGUGUCCAUUGUUGGCAGUGGACAUUGCACUGGGAAAACAACUGCUGGUGUUAAUGGAAGAAAGAGUGGAAUUCAAACAGUAAUACGUGGGCUGGUUCUAGAGGGGACAGUGGAGAUGGAAUAUUACAGUCCUCUCCCCAUUCUCUUUCCACAGCCACCCACUCUUAAUAUGCUCUUAUGAGGUUUUAGUCCAGUUCAGGGUUGUAUAUAAUCAGCUGUGAGCUGGUUAGGCAUUUCACUGCCUCUUUAAAAAAAAAAAAAAAAGAAAGAAAAAAGAGGAAGUGGUAAAUAAAAUAAUUAUUAGUGCCCCUUAGUGCUGCCUACUGGCAUAGAAAGGUCUUGCGAACACCAAUGGGGUGGGAGAUGGUGUGUCUGCUGCUCAGCUGUCUUCUCGUUAAUAAGCUGCUGGGAAGAGGGAUCUGCUUCAUAUGUGAUGAUGCUUCAAUGUUAGCACUGAAGUGCUAGUGAAAAUUCAUCCAUGCAAUUGGAAGGUGAGGAGAUGGCAAGCUUUUUUUACAGCACUAAGAUUCAUCCAAUGGCUGAGGAUUAAUAUCUGUUCCCCAAGAAAUUACUACAUGGACCAGCACUACUUUCUGUACAUAGGGAAUAUAGCAGAGCAGAUAUCCCCAUGAUUCUAUGUCCAUAUUAACCAAAUUAUCUUUGUGUUAUAGCUGAGAAGCAGGAUGAAAUCUGUUCUCAGAGCAGAUUCCGCUUAGCCAGAUCAUUCUUCUUACCCUAGGCCCUAUAAUGGGGUGAGCAGAGUAUGUAAUACAAACUAGGAACAGGCUUCUUGUUGAACUAAACAGAUAGCCAAUACUGUGAACAAAGAGCCUGAGGAUUUCAGAAAGUAUUGGCUGCUGUGCCUAUGGUGUCGAAGGGCUUACUCCUCACCACUCCCAAUGGCAAUCACAGUUCUCAGUGCUGUUGGUUUUGUAAAAGACCAGACAUUGACUUUCGUGGCAGAGCUAAACUGAGCAACUUCAGUUGGCCUCCUUCCUUUUCCCAGCUGCUCAUCUAUAAUUCAUGCUGUGAUAUACUGAUUCUCUGGUGGUUGUCUUGGAAUUCUACCUUGUGUUUGUUUGCAGGGCAUUUUUUGUAUGGCAAACUUGAUGCUCAUGAAAAAUACAUGCUGUCUAUAGGAGGGUAUGAUGGAGGAGUUCUGUGUACAUGUUCCUGUGCAUUUGUCAAUGCACCUCAAUUUUGAUUUGUAGCUGUCCUCUUCUGUUGGUCCUGUGUCAUCCUCUAGCAGAGAUUUCAAACUGUUAUAGGCUAGCUUGAGGCCACAAAAAUCAUCCUUUAUGAUAAAUUGAUUAUUUAAAUCCAUGGCUCCAGAAGCAAAAGAGGAUUUUUUUCAGUACACUCCCACAUCUACUGGCCUUGCAUCACUUUGAUGUGUGUAGCUUAUAUAGUACAGAAAAGGAUCAAUAAUCUUACUUAAGCUUCGUCCUAGAAAUAGCAGGGUUGGGGGGAUGUUUUUGUAUGCACUACUUUAGAUGAUACAAGACAAAGUGCAGCAAGUUGAUCUCCAUUUCUAUACUUUCCCUGGCCUCCUGCGAUUUCUUUCUUUAAAUCUGUUCUAAUUGCCAAUUUAAGAAUCUCUUUGGCUCUGCCAUAGUGUGGCUGGCAGUUGGAGAUUGUCCUUUCUGUUGCAGGUGUUUAUCUUCAUGAAAUUCAACAAGGUAGAAUAGAAAUAAAAAGUAACUUCAAUGUUCUAGCUGAUGCACCUGCUGCCAUAGCCAGUCUAGCAGGUAUAAGUGGAAGAGAUUACAUUGAAAAUGCAAAAAGACCAGUACUUGUGGCACCUUAGAGGCUAACACAUUUAUUUGAGCAUAAGCUUUCGUGGGCUACAGAAAUUGGUUUUAUUCAAGGUUAGGGUGUUUACACAACCUGUCCCAAGGAACUGGAGAUGCUGUUGUUAAUAGGCUAAUACCUGAUGAUACUUAUCUCCUCAGGGGACCUGGGCUCACAUCAUGAUUAGAGCAUAAGUGAAAGUCUGGUCUUGUUCUAGUUCCCCUCUGGGCAUCAUCCAUGUGUCAAACCAGCUACACAUGUAGCCUUAGGACUGGAAUAGUAGUGGGUGCUACAGGAAAGGACUGAAGUGCAUUGACAGCUGAGAGAGAAUUUUGUAUAAUACUUAUUGGCAGUAUACCUGACUUUAAACUAGUGCCUAUCAUUUCAGUUUCAUGAGCACAGAAUUCGUUCUUCAAAGGCAAAUUUCAUUUGGUCAGUGAGUUCUUUCCUACUAUGUGUGAAUUGUUCCUCCUGGCUUCCAUCAGAGCAGAACUGCUUCAGCAUGAACGAGCUUAUUGUGAGUGUGUGUGGGGAGUGUUGGCUCUUUUCUCCAUCUUUGAGAGCCCUCUUCUGCCACCCUCACUGAUCCCAGAUAGUGCCUUAUUCUGUGAAUAGUCUUACUGAUUUCAGUAGGGCUACUUAUGGAGUAAGGUGGUACAACUCUACCCCGAUACAAUGCCAUCCUUGGGAGCCAAAAAAUCUACCACGUUAUAGGUGAAACUGUGUUAUAUUGAACUUGCUUUGAUCUGCCAGAGCGUGCAGCCCGGCCCCUCCAGAGCCGCUGCUUUACUGCGUUAUAUCCGAAUUUGUGUUAUAUCGGUCACGAGGUGUACUUGGAAUGAGUGAGGGUAACGGAAUUAAGCUUUGGUGUGCAUUGGCAUUAAAUAUUUACUGUGAAACUGAAGAUAACUUAUUCAAGGAGAGAAGAAUAAUGAAUGGUGUGGCUUGCAUGAUCUCACAAAUCUGUUAUUCCCAUCUGUUUUGAAGCAUAAGCCAUGACGUUUCAUGGUGCGGGAAGAAUCAAAUAUAUUGGGUGGGAUUGGGAAUUUAAUUAACAGUUGCUCAUUUGCAUUUGGUGAUGGGUUUUUGUUUAAAACUACGAUCUUGCCACAAAAUGAAAUUAGUGUAAAGAGCUUUCAGUUUGCUUUCCCUCUGGCUUCCAGAGUGAAAAGUGAGUUGCAGUGAGUUGAGAUUUACUAGCCUGCUUUCCUGCACUGUGACUGUCAGAGAAUUAAAGCACUGCAUCUUGGUUAACAAUAAAUGGAAAAGGGGUGAAUAGGCAACUUUGGAGAAGGGUGGAAGCAGGAAAUAAAGGGAUGUUAUAAUAUGUUACCUGUGAAGGUCACUGGAAGAGCCUGCUCAGGGCUGGAUAUGAAGCUAACAGAGAGAAACACUGUGUCCUUUCUUACCUAAAGCUAGGCUACCCCAAAGUAGAAAUAAAAAUGGCAUUCCUAUGCCAGUGGGGUCUGUCUUAUACCUUAAAAAAUGGGCAUCCCUCAUUUGUAAGAGAUGCUAGGCUUUGUCAUUGAAAUUUUCAUGAUGCCCUCUUAUUCCAGUUGUCACAGUCUACAGAUGCACAUGCGGUACAUGAUUGGCCUCAGGUGUUCUGGGGGUAUUUAAAGUCAGGGUGCAGAAAUCAAGAACUAAUCAAGUUGAGCUUUAUUAGCCUACUUUUAUUUAUCUCCUGCCUGAGUCGGCAAACAAGGUGGAGGAAACACUCUAAUUUGCUCUUCUGUCAGCAUGUAAUGAACUGGAGUGUGUCUUGCCAAACAAACUUCAAUUAAAAAAUAAUGUAUUAAGAUGGUAACUUAUUUGUUGUGGCAGCUGGAGCUGGAACAAAAACACCUGCCUUGUAGCUGCCAGAGGAUUGCCCCGGGGAGCAGCUGCACAAAUGAAGGUUGUUAGUAAGAAGAGAAAACAAAUGCAAUCCUGACUUUCUAUUUGUGUUCCCCAGGGUCAGACUCUGCAUAAAGAAACUCUGUGAAUAAAAAUUUUAAUAAAACAUUGAUGGAUUGUUUAA